AGCCUAGAGGAAGCUCGAAAACCGGAGCCGGUCAAGGUGAUUUAUACUAAAAAAAAAAGGUUUAUACACGUCGGAGCAUGUUUCUACUAGGAGAUCCGGCGAGACAUUGAAAUCCGGAGAAGGGUUAAGCAAUGAGAGGCGAUGGGAUCUUAGGAGUGAAAGGCGUCCAAGGAAAGAGAUCAGAGCGAAGCGUCGUCACAGAGAGGAAAAAAUGGCUCAAAAGGAGAGAGAAAUGGCUGGUGAUUGUGGGAAUAGUUUUGCACGCAGUUUACAUGCUCAGCAUCUUCGACAUUUACUUCAAAACUCCUAUUGUUCACGGCAUGGACCCCGUCACUCCUCGCUACUCUGCUCCCGCCAAGCGUCUCGUUCUCUUGAUUGCUGAUGGAUUGCGGGCCGAUAAGUUUUUUGAGCCUGAUUCAGAAGGGAAUUAUAGAGCGCCAUUUUUGAGGAGUGUGAUUAAAGAGCAAGGCCGGUGGGGAGUAUCGCAUGCUCGCCCUCCAACAGAAUCUAGGCCUGGACAUGUUGCUAUAAUUGCUGGAUUCUACGAGGAUCCUAGUGCUGUCACCAAAGGUUGGAAGGCAAAUCCAGUUGAGUUUGAUUCAGUAUUUAAUAGAAGCCGGCAUACAUUUGCUUAUGGCAGUCCUGACAUUAUUCCCAUAUUCUGUGGUGCCUUGCCGCAUAGCACUUGGAAUUCCUACCCUCAUGAUUAUGAAGAUUUUGCUACUGAUGCUUCUUUUUUGGAUGAGUGGUCACUUGAUCAAUUCCAGAGCCUCUUGAAUAGGUCUAACGAGGACCCAGAAUUGAAACAACUUCUUCAACAGGAUAAGCUUACUAUAUUUCUACACCUGCUUGGUUGUGAUUCAAAUGGUCAUGCACAUCGACCUUAUUCAUCCAUAUAUCUCAAUAAUGUUAAGGUUGUUGAUAGUAUUGCUGAAAGAGUUUACAAUCUUGUUCAGAGUUACUUCAAGGAUAAUUCAACAGCAUAUAUAUUUACCGCUGAUCAUGGGAUGAGUGAUAAAGGGAGUCAUGGAGAUGGGCAUCCUUCGAACACUGAUACUCCGCUUGUUGCUUGGGGGGCUGGCAUUGGGCAUCCCAUGCCCGACUCCCACAAUAACCAUCCCGAUAAAUCUGUUCGGUUCGUUGAUGAGCAUUUGCAUGAUACACCAACACCUUCAGAGUGGGGGCUAAAUGGUAUAUCAAGGAUGGAUGUUAAUCAAGCUGAUAUUGCACCUCUUAUGUCAACUCUUCUUGGUUUGUCAUGUCCUAUUAACUCUGUUGGCAAUUUGCCUCUUGAUUACAUUGAACUUAAUGAGGGGGAUGAAGUCGAAGCGGUGCUAGCCAAUACGAAACAAAUUCUCAACCAGUUCCUGCGCAAGUCUGAAUUAAAACAGUUGCAUUCACUUAAUUUCAAGCCUUUCAAACCACUGUCCAAUCAAUCACUAGUACUGGAUGAGAUUGAGCAUCUGAUAUCUGUCAGAGAUUAUAAAGCUGCAAUGAAGCUGUUGGAAGAUCUCAGGAGCUUGGCACUUAGCGGACUUCACUACUUUCAGACUUAUGAUUGGUUGAUGUUGAUGACUGUAAUUACUCUUGGCUAUAUUGGUUGGAUGGUCUAUAUUGUACUACAUGUUUUGGAAUCUUAUACCUCCUUACCUGAAAAAAUUUUCCGGAAGGAACAAUUCUUUGGCUUGAGGAAAAGUAGCCCAAAGGCAUAUCUUUGUGGAGGGCUGCUAAUGGGAGUAGUGUGUGUUCUUCUGCUCUAUGAACACUCUCCUCCCCUUUAUCAUGCAUAUAUUGCGAUGACAAUAUUUCUCUGGACACAAAUAUUUAGCGAGUAUAAGUUUCUUACAGCACUCUGGAGAUACUUGGGCGGCAGGAAAUGUAGUUACUUUUUGAAGCUCAUUACUACUUGUAUUUUUUCCAUCCUCAUUCUUGAACUCUUGGUGAUGAGCUUUACCGAGAGAAAAAUCUACACAUGGUGUUUCAUAACUCUGGGGGUUACCUCAUCUAUUUAUCUAUUCAAGUUGAUGCCACAGAGAUCUGGAAUACCUAUCUUUUUGUGGCUUGCAUGCUGGCUUCUAUCCGUGUUUACUCUCAUGCCUCCUGAAAUUCCAGAAAAUACUCCACUGGUAAUCACUGGUGGGCUGAUGAUUAUUUUGAUCGGUGGAGUUGCUCAAUACCUGCAAUUGCAUGCUAAAGAUAAUAAAUAUUGGCUUGGUCUCCUUGCUCAUGAUUUAAGGACGCUAAGAUUUCCAUUGCUCUUUCACUUACAGAUCAUUUUGGUUGGCUUAUCAUCUUUGAUGGUCUGGUUGUCAACAUCCCAUAGAAUGGAAAAGCAAGAGUUGCAUGGACUUCACCAGUUGAUGAAUUGGUCUAUUGCUGGUUUUGCAAUGGUCCUUCCACUUUUUUCAGCGCCUGGCCUCUUAUCUCGGCUCACUUCCAUAUUCAUUGGUUUUGCACCUCCAUUCCUACUCCUGUCAAUUGGAUAUGAAGCUCUCUUUUAUGGUGCUCUAGGCCUUGCUCUUAUCGGCUGGAUAUUUUUUGAGAAUGCUAAUCUCUACAUAAGCAAGGGGAAACUGUCAACAAAUGCAAUUGAAGCUGUGGAGGAUGGCAUUCUCCUUUCAGAGUAUGAUAGAUGUCUGCAGUUAUCAGAUAUAAGAAUCCCAUUAAUCUUUAUGGUGCUUUUCAAUGUUGCAUUUUUUGGAACUGGUAACUUUGCAAGUAUUGCAAGUUUCGAGAUAUCCUCUGUUUAUCGGUUCAUCACAAUUUUCAGUCCGUUCUUAAUGGCCGCGCUACUAAUUUUCAAAUUACUUAUACCCUUCAUUCUUGUCAUAUGUGCAUUUAGUGCAAUGACUAAGUUGAUCCGUAUUCCAUUAUUGGGAUGCUAUUUUCUUGUUAUUAUGUGCUCUGAUGUAAUGACAAUCCAUUUCUUUUUCCUGGUACGAAAUACAGGAAGUUGGAUGGAAAUUGGCAACAGCAUCAGUCAUUUUGGAAUUGUGAGUGCUCAAGUUGUGUUCGUGUUGUUGCUCUUUGCGCUCACAAACAUAUAUACAAAAGACAUCAAAAUUACGCGCACUCCACAGAAGGAAAUGUGACUCAUUGUGUGUGAUACAGAUAACAGAUGCAUGCAUAUAUUUAGCUCAACUGCUCUGCUCUGCUGAGCUUUGCAUUUUCAUUUCCAGAAAUUAAGUAAAGCAUCAGUCCUGUUUAGGUUUUCUAUAGCUUCCAAAAUUUUGUCCUUUUUAUCUAUUUGUUUCUUUAUACACUGGUUUCCUUCUAUUUCAAGUUUAAUUGCAUAUUGGUUUUGGGACUU